GCCAGAUUUGAACUAAGGUCCUCCUGACUCCAGGGCUGGUGCUCUAUCCACUGCACCACCUAGCUGCCCUGAAAGACUCUUUUCUCGAUAAGACCAUGAAGGAGAGGGGCAGACAAAUGUACUAGGGAAUGAGACAAGAAAUGAAGAAGCACUGUCCUGGGUAGACAGUAAUAUGGAAGAAAAAGAUCUGGCUGUGGUCUAUAUUGCAGAUGCUGAAUCAGCUGAAGUCACCGGUCAAUGAGGGAACAAUGUGGAUGGUUGCCUAGCAUUGCCCUCUCUCUGUCUACCCAGGACUGGUGGGCAGAGUGGGAGAAAUUGGGACCAUUAAUUUUUUAGCUUUGCUUCAUGUACUAGCUGCCUACAUGAGAUACUAUCCUGGCAGAAAAGAAAGUGUGCCUCAAAGAAGACAGCACCUGGACAGUGUGUAUAGUAUAAGAGAAAAAGUGAAACGUAGAAGCAAGACAACCUCUUCUGCUCAAGGUCACAGGGCACUAAGGAGCCGAGAGAUUUCUCUCCUUCAUGUGAAAAGAAAAAGCUGUGGCAGCCUAGCCAACUUUUAUCCUAGGAAUUCAAGACCCAAGGUCAACAGGAACAUUUCUGCCCUUUCAGCAGGCAGGCAGAUUAAACAUUAGAGACUUCAUGGAUCACAGACCUACUUAUUCCCUCUGUGUCUCCUCUCCAAGCCUCUUCUGUGCCCUUCUCCAAGAGGAAUAGCCCCAAGCCUCCUGAAGACACAUUCGUGGAACCCACAAACUGUUGGUGAUUGGGAGUCAUGAGGGACCCUGUGAGCAGCCAGUACAGCUCUUUCCUUUUCUGGAGGAUGCCCAUUCCUGAACUGGACCUGUCCGAGUUGGAGGGCCUGGGACUGCUGGACAUGUCCACUUAUAAGACCCGAGGCAACAACAGUGGGAAAAUGUCUGAAGAUGAGCCAAGUGAAGCUGGGCAGAAGAACUGUCCUGAAGGCGAUGCCCUACUUGAGUACAGCACCUUCAACUUCUGGAGAGCCCCUAUUGCCAGCAUCCACUCCUUUGAGUUGGACUUGAUUUAAGGCUAAAACCUCUCUCCCUAUCACCAUUUCUGUACUUUCUCUUUCUUUGGCCCCUUCCUCCCUACACUUCGUUUUAGACCUGCUUUCCCCCUUCAUUGUGUUGAGGUGGUGCUAAAAGAAUCUGCCAUGGAAUGGCUAUUUAUUUAUUGUUAUUUAUUUCCCUCUAUAUUGUACCCCCACAGGCACCCCUCGUUCCCUACCAAGUCCUUCAAAUCACUUCAGAAGAGGUAUGGUUCUUCAAACAAAAGGUCCUAGGUACCCAAAUUCCUUUCUCUCCUGAGACUAGCUUUAGAAAACAAGUCUGACUGGGGGGCAGGCACAAACCAACCUGCCUCAGAGUCAAAGAGGAGCAGUAUAGUAGUGAGAGGUGUGGUAAAUUGGUUCUUGACCCCAUUGUUACCAGCUUUAUAGACAGUUUACCAGCCUUUCCAUCUCUACCCCUAGGUCAGUUAGCAUGGGUGGCUUUCUCAUGAAUCACUGAAAAUUCUGGGAUUUCUUUUUGGGAUUGUCUGCUAUAAAAAGGUAAAGCCUGUUCCAAACAAUAAAGUAACCAAGUGUCUUUCCAGGCAGAGAAGUAAGGGAUGAAGACUUAAGCCCUGAGGCAACAGAUGUUGAAAAAUGGAGCCAAGUGAAAAUACUUAAGCAAAUUCUUAAAUAAUUAAAGCCCUUCCCUCCCUUCUAUGGAGCUAUGUUCUUUCCUCCUCAAGACUUCUCUCUUCCUCAGCUUUGUUCUUAACUGAAGAACAUGGGUAGUGAUACGGAAAGUUCACUAAGAAAAAAACACAAAUCUCAAACUUUUAACAUGUUAUUUUUUGCUGUUUAUGACAGUCCCACGUUGUUGGGAGCAGGUCCUUAAGCCUGUUUUGUUCUUAGCUCCAUCCUGUAACCUACAGUCUCAAAGGACCUCAGCUUUAACCCCUUUAGAAAUUACCAGCCCAGCAGUCUCUAAUGGUUCAGGUACCUUGAGGGCAUAAAAUGAGAUGAUCAAUACCUUCUUCACAUCCUGACACUCUUUACCAUACUAUCUUUGAGAGUUCUCCACUCUUUCCCCGUUAUUUGUGCUGAUAAUUCCUCACUCUCAUCUAAUAAAGCUGUUUAAUCCCAUGCUUGAA